UGCACUCUAUGAUGUCAUCAAAGUGUGGACUCUGAGGAGGACCACAAGUCAGGAGUGUGCCAUUUGGGACAGGGCCAUAGUGGGAACAGUUUUGGGAUGGCUCCUUUGUGUUCCAAAAUGACUGCGCACCAGUCCACAAAGCAAGGUUCAUAAAGCCAUGUAUGAGCGAGUUUGGUGUGGAGGAACUAGACUGGCCUGCAAGGAGUCCUGACCUCAACCCAAUAGAACAUCUUUGGGAUUCAUUUAAGUGAAGACUAUGAGCGAGGACUUUUCAUCCAAUAUCAGUGUCUACCCUACAACAAAUUUCUAGUUUUUUUAAUGCUUAUGUAAAUAUUUGUGAGUCCAAUGAGUUAGUGAUUAACUAGUUUUAGAUAAGAUCAGUGAACGGACAACGCAUUAGACCCGUUUAUCUGUGCAGGAUGAGAGGUUUACUGUGGUUGGUUGGUGCAGUAUUACUGCUGGGGUCAAUAGAUGGAGGCGACACAUACGAACAACUUGAUGAUGACACAAGGGACAUCGUUGACCAGGCAAUAAACAAAGCCAAUGAGAAAUAUGGAAAGAAAUAUCACAUUGAUUUUCAUUCAGUCAUAUAUGUUCCUUGGGUUUCUUGUGUGGCAUGCGGUGAAAACAUGGCAUGUAGACCCUUCAGAAACCAAGAGAAGAUAAAUGAACUUAUAAAAAAAUGUGGCUCAGAAUUUCAUACUCCAUAUCAACAUGGAGGAGGACAUAUAAUGUCUGAUACAAUGGAUGAAAAAAACUAUGGAUGUCUUGGAUGCAACUGAAAGGCAGAAAUCUGCAACAAUUUACCCAACAGUUGAAAUCCAUCUCCACUGAAAUUACAAGUUAUAAUGUACUGAUUCAAAAACAGUAUAAUCUUAAAUAUUACAGAACUUUGACGUUAUAGUAUAUAAUAAUAUCCUAUAUUUAUCAGACAUUUAUCUCUUUAAUUUUUAUGUUAGGUGUGAAUUUAGUUUCUGUUUAACAAUAAAUGUGUUUUUCACACACAUCACAUAAUGCAUUCUGAUCUAAAUAUUGUUUUGACUCAAACUGCAUUCACUUUAAAAUCCUCAUACGGCUGUUAUUUUAAGAUUUUUCCUGUUCUAGUCCACUGUGUGAAAAUGAAAUGUCUUUAUGUAAUGCCAUUAUAGUGCAAGAUUAAUGUUUAACCUCUUAAUGUUUCUUACUCCAAAAUUGUAAUAAAACUGUUUUUGGGUUAUUUCAUAUAAAAAGCAAAUUAUUAGGUUGUCAAAACUUCAUUUUUGUUCUCUAAAUUAAGAGGAAAUUUUAGGCAUAAUACACUUAUGAACACGUUAGGUAUUUUCAACCCAACGUUGGGUAAAAGGGGACAAACCCAGCCAUUGGGUUAAAUUAACCCAGACAUUUUUGGUAUUCAUUCAUAGUUUUGACAG